CACAUGCAACAUUAUAAAAGAUGAUGAUGGAAAUAAUCACACUUCAUACAAAUUGACACCAUUAAGCCAAAGAUUUAUCCCAGAUAAAGAUGGAUCAUCAAUUACUCCCUUUUUACUACUGAAUGCUGAUCCAGUUUCUGUUAAUUCUUGGUAAGAAUAUUUCAUGUUUUCUCGUACUUGUUUCAUUGAGUUAAACAACUUGGCAAUAUCAAUUCACCUAAAAGAUAACUGCAAGAGAUCGACCAUCUAUGAAAAAUAAGUCAGGUUCUGUUAUAAUGUUGUAUUUUUCCGUGUUGUCUCUUUUUGGGGACAAUUGUUUAGUAAAUGACCAUCUUUUUCUUUCUCUUAACAAGUUAUGGACCUUUUAGACCACAUUCCAAUUAAAGAGUUACUUUCAACAAAUUAAAAUUAAAAUCUCAUGACAAACGUUUAGACCACAGUCUAAUGCCUUGUCAGUCUCAGCUUUUAUAAUAGGCCAAAUACGACGGUAUAAAAAUACAUUAUUCUCAUAUCAUCAUAUUGUGACUUAUUUUUUUGUUUAGUUUUCAUUUGAAAGAUGCAAUUCUAUUGGGUGAGGUACCAUUCAACAUGGCCCAUGGGAUGCCUGCAUUUGAACACGCUGGAAAAGAUAGUAGAUUGAAUAUGCUGUUCAACAAAGCCAUGCAAAACCUCACAUGCAUUGAAAUGAAGAGAAUUCUUGAGUGUUACAAUGGCUUCCAAGGAGCUAAAGAGGUAAUAGAUGUGGGAGGUGGACUUGGAAUGUCAUUAGCUUCUAUAAUUUCCAAGCAUCCAAACAUCAAGGGUAUUAAUUUUGAUCUACCCUAUGUCAUUAAAGAUGCCCCUACUUAUGAAGGGAUGGAGCAUGUUGGAGGAGACAUGUUUAAGAGUGUUCCUCAAGGGGAGGUAAUCAUUCUCAAGGAAGUACUUCAUAAUUGGGAUGAUGAAAAUUGUGUGAAAAUAUUAAAGAAUUGUUGGAGAGCAUUACCAAAAGAUGGUAAAAUAGUGAUAAUUGAACAAAUACAGCCAGAAUAUCCAGAGAUGAAUCUUCUGUGUAAGCAUUCAUUUAGUAUGGACAUAGCAAUGAUGACUAUAUUUGAUGGAGGCAAAGAAAGAACAAAGCAACAAUUUGAAGCCUUGGCUAAACAAGCUGGAUUUACUACUACUCUCAAAAUUGUAGCUCGAGCAUAUUAUUCUUGGGUCAUGGAAUUGUACAAGUAUUGAUUACCUAGUUUAACUAAUUUCUGCUAUAAUAAUAAUACUCCCUAUGUUGCAAAUUAUGCGAGUCAAACUUUUAAAUUUUGAUCAUUAACUUGGACGUGGAAUCUUGAAAUUUUUUUAAAUGAAAUUUAUAUAUUUGAAAAUUAAUUGAUAAUUCAAAAUUUUUAUAACGUAUAUCUCAUUUGACUCUAAUUAUAAGGCAUAUGAAAAAAUCGUGGUCAAAGGAAAAACUCGUUUGAUUAUCAACAAAAGGUGACAUAUAAAUUGGGACAAAAAAGAAAAAGUCUUUAUUGAAUAAAAAGUUAAUCGGUUCCUAUGUAUUUGCUCUCGAUCAAUUUCCAUUUUCCAAUUAUGUUAUGAUUGUUCUAAUGCAUGUUGUUUAUGUAACAUGAUUUUCCAUGAAGGUCUUUAACAUUAUAAAGGACUCCUAAUAUAUCUUGGAUUUGUUUCUUUAAUUCCUUGAAUUAUUUGAUGAUGUUUGGUUGGUGUCCAACAAAUCCCAACUAGAGAGCAUUGAUUUCUCUGGUCAUUCUUGAAGCAAUAAGAAAAAAAGGUUUUCAAAAGUAUGAGGUGAAACAUUAAGGAAAUAAAUCCACAAAAUGCAUCCGAAGUGUAUUUUUUUCCAUAGUUGUCUCUAAACUUUUAUAUAUAACUUCACAAUUUUUUUAAUGUUUUCUCAAGAUAUCUGUUGCAUUAAUACUUCUGUAACUUUUACAAAAUAAAAUGGCUACGUUGUAGAGUUAAUACUCAGAAGAUGGUUUGAGCCUCCAAUUAGUAGUUCAAAUUCAAUAUUAUGUCAAUUUAAUAAUAAUUUUCUUUUUUCAUUUAAAAGAACGUCACAUAUAUUUUAUCGUCCAUUAUUUUAUAGAAUUCAUUCUUCUUGUGUAUAAUAUUUUUGGGGAAAAUGUUCAAUAUAUAUUCAAAUUUUGGUGAAAUUUGUUGUAACACACCUGAGCUUUGCGG